CGGCCACCCCUCCGCCGCCUCUCCGCGCGGGGGUCUCGCUGGACUCGAGGGUGGGGGGGAGAGGGGCGACGAGGGGACCCCCGAAGGAAGCGGCGACCCCCCCCUUCCUUUUUUUUCUCUCCUUUUUUUCUCCCCCCCCCUUGGCCCCGCCCCGCUUCCUUUCCCGCGAAGGACCCUCAGGCGCGGCGCGGGCAGCCCCGGCUGGGCCCGGCAGAGGCGGCGGCGGCGCGCAGCUGUGAAGAGUCAUCCUCCAGCCGAAUCCCUUGGCGAGUGUCCCCCCCCCCGCCCUCUGAAGAUGGCCGACUCCACCGGUGCCGCGGAGGCGCGUCCGAACCGGGCCGAGGGGCCGAGAAGAUAGAAAUGAAACAGCUGUGAAAGAGGACAGGCCCACCAGUGGACAUGAGUCACUCCACCGCAGAAGACCCCCCUCCGGGAGAGGAGACCCCAGCGGAGACCUCGGCCCCCGUGGCGCCCCCGGGAGACAGCGGUGGGCCGGCCCUGGGGGUCAUCACGGAAGGGGUGGGCGAGCUGGCCGUGAUCGACCCCGAGGUGGCCCAGAAGGCCUGCCAGGAGGUCCUGGAGAAGGUCAAGCUGAUGCACUGCGUCUCGCCGGACGGCUCCAUCCGGGCCAAGGACAGGAAGGGCGGGGGCCGCUGGCCGGGGCUGAACGGCGACUGCUGCGAGAUCAAGUGCCUGGACGACCCCCCCGAGAAGAUCUGGGAGGAGGACGAGCAGCCCCCCAACUCCGUCAAGGGCGUCCGGCUGCGCCAGAAGAACAACUCGGCCAAGCAGUCGUGGCUGCUGCGGCUCUUCGAGUCCAAGCUCUUCGACAUCUCCAUGGCCAUCUCCUACCUCUACAACUCCAAGGAGCCCGGCGUGCAGGCCUACAUCGGCAACCGGCUCUUCUACUUCCGCCACGAGGAGGUCGGCUUCUACCUGCCGCAGCUGCUCAACAUGUACAUCCACAUGGACGAGGACGUGGGCGACGCCAUCAAGCCCUACAUCGUGCACCGCUGCCGGCAGAGCAUCAACUUCUCCCUGCAGUGCGCCCUGCUGCUGGGCGCCUACUCCUCCGACAUGCACAUCUCCACCCAGCGCCACUCGCGCGGCACCAAGCUGCGCAAGCUCAUCCUCUCCGACGAGCUGAAGCCGGCCGCCCGGAAGAGGGAGCUUCCCCCGCUGGGGCCGGCCCCCGAGGCCGGGCUCUCCCCCACCAAGCGGACUCACCAGCGCUCCAAGUCGGACGCCACCGUCAGCGUCAGCCUGGGCAGCAACCUGAAGCGCACCGCCAGCAACCCCAAGGUGGAGAACGAGGAGGAGGAACUCUCAUCGAGCUCAGAAAGUCUCGAUAGAACAUUUUGUUCCCCCGUCCGCCUGGCCCCCGAGCGGGAGUUCAUCAAGUCGCUGAUGGCCAUCGGGAAGCGGCUGACCACUCUGCCCACCAAGGAGCAGAAGACGCAGAGGCUCAUCUCCGAGCUCUCCCUGCUCAACCACAAGCUGCCCGCCCGGGUCUGGCUGCCCACCGCCGGCUUCGACCACCACGUGGUACGAGUGCCCCACACCCAGGCGGUGGUCCUGAACUCCAAGGACAAGGCUCCCUACUUGAUCUACGUGGAAGUACUUGAGUGCGAAAACUUUGACACCACGAACGUCCCAGCCCGGAUCCCCGAGAACCGGAUCCGCAGCACCCGCUCGGUGGAGAACCUUCCCGAGUGCGGCAUCACCUACGAGCAGCGCGCCAGCAGCUUCACCACCGUGCCCAACUACGACAACGACGACGAGGCCUGGUCUGUGGACGACAUCGGGGAGCUGCAGGUGGAGCUGCCCGAGUUACACACCAGUAGCUGCGACAACAUCUCGCAAUUCUCGGUGGACAGCAUCACCAGCCAGGAGAGCAAAGAACCGGUUUUCAUUGCUGCAGGAGACAUCAGGCGGCGUCUCUCUGAGCAGCUGGCCCACACGCCCACCUCCUUCAAGAGGGACCCCGAAGACCCCUCGGCCGUCGCCCUGAAGGAGCCCUGGCAGGAGAAAGUGAGGCGGAUCCGAGAGGGCUCCCCUUACGGCCACCUGCCCAACUGGCGGCUCCUGUCCAUGAUUGUCAAGUGCGGGGACGACCUCCGGCAGGAGCUGCUGGCCUUCCAAGUCCUCAAGCAGCUGCAGGCCAUCUGGGAGCAGGAGAGAGUCCCGCUGUGGAUCAAGCCUUACAAAAUCCUGGUCAUCUCCGCCGACAGCGGCAUGAUCGAGCCGGUGGUCAACGCCGUCUCCAUCCACCAGGUGAAGAAGCAGUCCCAGCUCUCCCUGCUGGACUUCUUCCUGCAGGAGCACGGCCAGUUCACCUCCGAGGGCUUCCUCACCGCCCAGCGCAACUUCGUCCAGAGCUGCGCCGGCUACUGCCUGGUCUGCUACCUGCUGCAGGUGAAGGACAGGCACAACGGCAACAUCCUGCUGGACGCGCACGGCCACAUCAUCCACAUCGACUUCGGCUUCAUCCUCUCCAGCUCCCCCCGUAAUCUGGGUUUCGAAACCUCGGCCUUCAAACUGACCGCCGAGUUUGUGGAUGUGAUGGGCGGCAUUGGGGGAGACAUGUUCAACUACUUCAAGAUGUUGAUGCUGCAGGGCCUGAUCGCCGCUCGCAAACACAUGGACAAGGUGGUGCAGAUCGUGGAGAUCAUGCAGCAAGGCUCCCAGCUUCCUUGCUUCCACGGCUCCAGCACCAUCCGGAACCUGAAGGAGCGCUUCCACAUGAACAUGACGGAGGAGCAGCUGCAGGUGCUGAUCGAACAGCUGGUGGACGGAAGCAUGCGCUCGCUCACCACCAAGCUCUACGACGGCUUCCAGUACCUCACCAACGGCAUCAUGUGACGGCCGGAACCAAACCUUCCCUUCCGGUGGCUCUCCUGUCUCCCCACCCCUUCCUCCUCCUCCCGGCCCAGGGUCCGGGACAGACUGGACGGAGGCCGCUGGGCUGGGCCUCUGCAAGAAAGAGGGAGGCAGCCGCAGGAGGGGCCCUGGGAGACUUUGGAUUGUAAAUGGGGAUGGGGGGGGCAUUGCGUCUCUCCCCCCCCCCCAAACGUGAAGGAUCAUGCACAAGGACCUUGUCAAGAUUCGCCUCCGGAGGAGGGACAGAACCGAGAGUCGCGCUCUCCCCGGCGGCCCCUUCCUCGGAUCUUUUUUAUUUCAGUAUUACAACUCCUCCUCCUCCUCCUCUGUGUCCCCCUGCUUUCCAGCCCCUCGCCUGUAUUUUGGGGGGGUCUAGCGGGGGCGGGGGGAGACGGAAUGGGGAUGGGAGGAAGGAGCCCCCCCCCGGUGUUUAGGGCUCCGUUUCUCCUGUGCAGUUGGGGAGUAUUCCCCCACCUCCGGACUCGCACAGGGCGCGAGAGAGAGAGUGUAUGUGUUUGUGUGAAUGUGUGUGUACCUUGUGUCACUAAUGAAGUGGUUCCCCCCACCCCACCCCCCGGUGCCCAUUUUCCUCCCCGGAGAGUUGAAUGCAAAGAUGGGGUGCUAAGCAUCCCUCUUCCCUGAUUCUUCACUGCUUGAAGCACAACUCCAGCCUCCCUUGAAUUGGGGGUGGGGGCAUUGGCAGGAUAUCUCCCCAUCCCUGGGGGGGGGGAGGAAGCGUGGAAUGCAGCUGAUGGGUGACAGGUUCAAGCCCCCUCCACCAGACUGCUGCAAGAAUUUAGGGGUCCACAUAUAUGCCCUGGGAAGCCCCCUCCCCAUUAACAGGGGCCUGCUCCAAGUCUUUCCCCUUGGGGUGGGCUGGGGGCUUAAGACCCCAAGAUUCCCCAGCUUGCUCUUGGCCAAACCAACUUCCUCUCUAGGAAUGGAGCAGGAGCCCCAUCCUCUUCCAGCAGCCAUUUCUCCUUACAGGCAGAGGCAUCCCCCCCCCAUUGCCAUUUUGGGACAGGGUCUCCUCCCCCCCCCCCCCGGCCUCUGUGCAGGACGCGCCCCUUCCUGGGAAACGUAAAUGCAAAAGCCGCUUGUAAUAAUGAAUUUCAGGCACGACUGGCGUUCUCGCAGGGAGGGGUCCCUUUGCGAUGGUGUGUGUGUGUGUCUGUGUAGAGGGGGGGGGGCGCAACUCCCUUUUGUGGGUCCUUUGAUUCGCCAAAACUGUGACUGUUCAUUUGGUCCUCUGCGGCCCGAAGGGAGCCCCGAGUGGGAAUCUUCGGAAUUCUCUGCAGGGCGAUGGGUUCCGAAAAACCAUGGGACCUGGGUGUCUGUUUUCCUGUCUCCCCCCCCCCCCAAUCUCCCUCCCCUUUCUCAACAUGAACUUUUUUUUCACACUG